AUGCACAGAACUUACUCUUUAAGAAAUUCCAGGGCUCCUACCGCCUCUCAAUUACAGAACCCACCACCACCACCAUCUACAACCAAAGGUAGAUUCUUUGGGAAGGGUGGUCUAGCUUACAGCUUUAGGAGAAGUGCCGCUGGGGCUUUUGGCCCAGAAUUAUCCAGAAAAUUGUCUCAAUUGGUUAAGAUCGAAAAGAAUGUUUUGAGGUCCAUGGAAUUGACAGCCAACGAAAGACGUGAUGCCGCUAAGCAAUUGUCUAUCUGGGGGUUGGAAAACGAUGACGAUGUUUCCGACAUCACUGAUAAAUUAGGUGUCUUGAUCUAUGAAGUUAGUGAAUUAGAUGACCAAUUUAUCGACCGUUAUGACCAAUACAGACUGACUUUGAAAUCCAUCAGAGAUAUCGAAGGUUCCGUACAACCAUCCAGAGACCGUAAGGACAAGAUCACCGACAAGAUUGCCUAUUUGAAAUACAAGGAUCCUCAAUCACCUAAGAUCGAGGUCUUGGAACAGGAAUUGGUGCGUGCUGAGGCCGAAUCUUUGGUCGCUGAAGCUCAGUUGUCUAACAUUACGAGAUCGAAGUUGAGAGCCGCUUUCAACUACCAAUUUGACUCCAUUAUCGAACACUCAGAAAAAAUUGCUUUAAUCGCUGGUUACGGUAAAGCUCUUUUGGAACUAUUGGACGACUCUCCCGUCACUCCAGGUGAAACCAGACCUGCUUACGAUGGUUAUGAAGCUUCUAAACAAAUCAUUAUUGAUGCUGAAAGCGCACUGAACGAAUGGACUCUAGACUCCGCCCAAGUCAAGCCCACUCUAAGUUUCAAGCAGGAUUAUGAAGAUUUCGAACCUGAAGAAGGCGAAGAAGAGGAAGAGGAAGAGGGUCAAGGCAGGUGGUCCGAAGAUGAACAAGAAGAUGGACAAAUUGAAGAGCCUGAACAACAAGAAGAAGGUGCUAUUGAAGAACACGAACAAGUCGGUCACCAACAAAAUGAAUCUCUUCCCCAACAGACCACUGCUUAA